AUUGAUGUCUCACUGACCGUUGUCAUGGCGGCCAACAGCCGCUGCCCCGCGGCCGAGGAUCCCCCGGGCCUGGAGACGCAGCGGCGGGAGGUCGAAUGUCUACUCCGGGACUGCGAGCUACGCGCCGGGGACAGUUGGUUCAUGGUGGACCAUCGCUGGUACGAACAGUGGAAGGAAUUUGUGGAAAGCGGAGACCAGAACUCGACGUGUCCCGGUCAGAUCGACAAUGGCGAGCUGUUUGAGGAUGUGGACUCGUACCACCUGAAAGAGCGUCUGGUGGAGAACGAGGACUUUGUCCUGGUGCCCGCCGAGGCCUGGCACAAGCUCCUGUCCUGGUACGGGAUGGUGGACCAGCAGCCGCCGCUGGAACGAAAGGUGGUGGACCUGCCCAGCACGCUCAAGGUGGAAGUUUACCCAGUGGAGCUCUUCCUCUGUCUCCACGGCAACAUGGAGAACGUCACCACGGCGCACUUUAGCCGCACCGACAGCAUACAGUCGAUCCAGUCGGCCAUGUGUCGGGUCUUCUCGCUGCCGUCGACGUGCGAGUGUCGCCUCUGGAUGAAAAGUUCGGACAACAACUGCGAACGUCUCCGGAACGUCCACGUGAGCGUGCUGGACGCCUGCCUGAGCUCCGGCAUGACUGUGAUCAUGGAGACGAGGAAUGCUGACGGCACUUGGCCGAGCACCAGACCUUUAAUUCUGAGGAACUCUCCGGAGGAGCAAGACUCGUAUCGAGGUCAGCCCGGCGUCUGCGGCCUCACCAACCUCGGCAACACCUGCUUCAUGAACUCCGCUCUGCAGUGCCUGAGCAACACCCCCCCGCUGACCGAGUACUUCCUGCAGAGCUCCUACCUGGAGGAGCUCAACUUCUCCAACCCGCUGGGCAUGAAGGGCGAGAUCGCCGAGGCCUACGCCGACGUCAUCAAGCAGAUGUGGUCGGGCCACCACUACUCGGUGGUGCCGCGCGUCUUCAAGACGAAAGUGGGCCACUUUGCUUCUCAGUUUCUGGGCUACCAGCAGCACGACAGUCAAGAGCUGCUCUCCUUCCUGCUGGACGGGCUGCAUGAGGACCUGAACCGAGUCAAGAAUAAAGAAUACAUCGAGCUGCGGGAUGCCGAAGGACGCCCGGACCAGGAAGUGGCCGAGGAGGCGUGGCGGAACCACAGACGGCGCAACGACUCGGUGAUCGUCGACACCUUCCACGGCCUCUUCAAGUCCACGCUGAUUUGCCCCCAGUGCCAAAAGGUGUCCGUCACCUUUGACCCCUUCUGCUACCUCAGCAUUCCGCUCCCUGUCAGCAAGGAGCGCGUCAUGGAGGUCUUCUUCAUCUCGCUCGACCCGUACGCCAAACCCAUGCAGCAUCGCGUGGUGGUCGCCAAGGCGGGAAAAGUGUUGGACCUCUGCUUGGCUUUGUCCCAGACAACCGGUGUGCCAGAAACUCAGAUGGUGGUUGCCGACGUGUUCAAACAUCGCUUCUAUAAAAUCUACACGCCAGACGAAUCGCUGAACUGCAUCCUGGACCGGGACGACAUCUUUGUGUACGAGUGCAACGUGCAAAGCGAGCAGCAGACGCUCGUGGCGCUCUACCUGAGGGAGCGUUCCCACUACCGAGACUACGGCUCGGUCAGCACCACGCUCUUCGGCCACCCGCUGCUGCUCAGCGUGCCGCGCGCCAGCUGCACGCAGGAGGCGCUCUACCCCAUUUUCCUGGAGCGACUGGCGCGCUACGUGCGGGUGCCCAAAGCCUCCGAGGAGCUGGAGGAAGAUGACGAUGAAGACGAGCUCUAUAAAAGCCAGACCAACGGCGUCAGCGACGAUGACGAGCAAGAGGAUGCGGAACGAGCGGGAUGCUCGCAGUCGGGGGCGCGCUCCCCCGACAGGUCGGCAAACGGCCGCCACCGGGACCCCGCCGUUCCCUCGGAGGGCCACGCUCGGGCCCCGCCCCCUCCGGAGGAGGGCGACGUCCACAACGCGUGCGCCGGCGUCGCCAAGCCCCCCUGCAGCGGCGACGCCGGCCCAAACGACGGCCACAUCCACGCCCGCGGCGAAGAGAGCCGGACUGAAGUGGCCGAGGAGGAGAACGAGGAGGAGGAGGAGGAAGAGGAGGAGGCGGCGGCGCCGGCACCACAACGUGACGCCGGCGCCCAAGACGACGACGACGACGACGACGACAAGCGGGAGGAGGCGUGUUCUCCCAGCUCGCCGGCCAACCAACAAGCGGCCAAGACGAGGGCGUGUCGCAGGAAGAAGCGCCUGUUCGACAUCCAGGCGGUCAACUGCAACGGCCUUGAGCGGGAAAUGGGCCCCGACAUGACCCUCAGCUCACAGCCGUACGUGGCGCUUGACUGGGACGCCGAAACCAAGAAAAGAUUCUACAAUGAAAAUGAGGCAGAGAAGUACAUGAAACACGGCAGCAUGGACGUUCCCCUGCAGCAGAGCACCGUGCAGCUGCAGGAGUGCAUCCAGCUCUUCACCACCGUGGAAACACUGGAGGAGGAGAACCCAUGGUACUGUCCCGUGUGUAAGAAGCACCAGCUGGCCACCAAGAAACUGGAUUUGUGGUCUCUGCCGGAGGUCCUCAUCAUCCACCUCAAGAGGUUCUCUUACACCAAGUUCACCAGAGAGAAGCUGGACACCAUUGUGGACUUUCCCCUCAGGGAUCUGGACUUCUCGGGUUGUCUCCUGAGGAAGACGACGUCCAACGGGGAGCCUCCGAGCCGCUACGACCUCAUCGCCGUGUCCAACCACUACGGGGGACUCCGCGACGGACACUACACCAGCUAUGCACGCAACAAGGACAACGCUCAGUGGUACUACUUUGACGACAGCAAAGUGACGUACGCCACAGAGGAGCAGAUCAUGACCAACGCGGCCUACGUGCUCUUCUACCAUCGGCAAGACAAGAUGAGGAAACCGUGCGUGGCCGCGCCCCCCGUGACGCUGCCGUGCGCCUCCGCCUUUGCCGAGCUCACCAUGGAGACGGACUGAGCAAGAGACGGCUUUGGCGGCUCUACUAUUCUGAGUAGUGGCC